UGUUAAUCAAAUUUCGUGGGAUCGAUUAAAACGGAUUACGAUGUUUCACGAAUCAGUUGCGGCAUGAAGCGACUCGCUUCAUCGUUCAGUCACCCUUCCAUCAUCGUGGCCAUAACCAAACAUCUCGAUUUACCAACAUAGCUAAUUAAAAUCGGGGGAAUGAUCGAGUCGAUCCCAACAAAUUACAGCAAUGUCCCAGGUGUGUCCAUCAUCGUCGCACCAGCUAGUCGCAGCCUCCAUUGCUUUCCAACGCGCGCGUCGCAGGUUUCCCAAGAAUUAUGGACUUUGCGGUAACUUCGAGAACAAGGCCGAGAGCGUGACAGAGAACGAGGAGCCGCAGGAGUCGGAGAACGUUCAGUUCUCUUCGAGAAAAUGCUCAAGACCAGGCCUUAGUAAAACAGUCUGGAGCGACGAGUACGGCGAAAGUGGCUCGAUCAAGGAAAACUUACUUCAGAAACCAAUAAUCUGCAGUUGCUGUCGUAAACGCAACGGGGCCGCGAAAGCUAACGAACCGGCGAACGCUUCAAAGACAACGGACCAGUGCAGCGCGGGGGACGCGCUUGACAUCGUUCCAAGCAAAGAGUACAAUGAGAUAUCAAAGAAAGGCGAUCCGUCCAAAUCGGAACAACUGGACAACUCCGACGUAAAAACGAUGAAAAGUUUCAUAACGGAGUCCAGAAAUUCUGGCCGCUGCCGCACUUCGUAUUCCCAUUCACGAAGACGAAGCCCGAAAGAAACUUCGGCCAAAUUGGAUUCCGUUAAUCUUCUAUACGACGAAGGCUACGAUCGAGUAGAUAACGUUAAAGGCGGCGGCUCGCCGGAGAAACGGAGGUGCAACAUGGAGGAGCAGCGCUGUUGCGGGGGUGCCGGUUGCAGGUCGGAUCCCAGGAACUCCAAGUCGAACCUGUUCGGAUCGUGGAAGGAGAGCUCGCACGACAACAUCCAUCGGCGCUGCGAUCCGCAAUGCGCGAAGCACUCGAACGUUGACUUGUCCCGGCCACGUCGAGACUUUUGCUGUUCUCAGAGUCGCGGUCGGUGCUGCCAUAAUCACAACCGUUGUCAUCACUGCGAACGAGAAGAUUGCCACAGUUGCUCGGUGAAAGAAAAGCCUCGUCUCUUCUCGGACACCUGUCUCUGCUCGUCGAGCUGCGCCGGCCAUGGAAAAUGCUGCAACAGAAGCCAGGCUGCCGCGAACGAGUCGAUCCGACGUCGCGAUCUUCGUCCGAAGGAGAAGAUAUCGACGGUGCAGGAGCAGAACGACGAGGAAUACGAGGAUUGCGUGGCAAAGAUCGACCACAAGGACUCGUUGUGCAUCCUGGUGGAGAAGUACAAGGCCAGCAGGAAGUGCAAACACAGAAAGUACGGGGGCGAGAACGAUUUGCCGGACGAUCGGGUUAAGGACGACUGCAACAAAUCGUUCACCUCCGAGGCUAGCCAAAUGGAUGAGAACGCGAGCCUGAGAAACAGGGAGAGAUGCUGGGCCAGCGACGGGCAUCGGUUCCAGGAGAAUUUCAGACCGUCCGGGAAACCGUGCAGAACCGGCUGCGUGCAGAUUUUCCGGGAGGGGGACUCCGGCCAGAUCAAAAAUCUGAAGUCGCGUUUAGUCAAAACCGGAACGUGCUGCUCGGCCAAGGGCACGCCGUGGAGACACACAUUUUAGGUCUGACUAAAUUCGAAGUCGCCUUGCUUGUCGUAUUCCUAGGACAGUUUCUCGUCUACGUCGUAUUUUUCUAUACAAAAAUCAACUGCGACAGUUCGUGUUCGGUUUAAUGAACGUCGACGAACACGGAUUCGUUCGAUCAAAUGUUUUCGUAUCUCCGAGGAAAAUACAAGUUGUCUUACGCGAACGCUGUUCGAGUUCGCUUUUCUAGUUCGAACUAUUCGCGCGUAUACACGUAAUUUCUUGAGUAUGCUUUCGUUUUUAUAGCAUUGUGCACGAUAGAGAUCGUUGUUGUUUAAUAAAUUGUUCACUUGUUACCACGGUCCAUGGUUCAGAUUUAGCCGAUCCAGCUCUCAUUUUCCGUUUCCGUGCUUCUCGAGAAAAAGAGAAAGAAACAAGGAUUUGCUUCUGCCGCGAAGGAUCCCGGACCCCGGCGUUUCGGGCAGCGCAUUUUUAAAAGUAUAUUACCCUAAUAAAGUUAAUCAAGCUAUUUUGGUAAUAUAUCGCUUUAAUAAAGUUAAUAACCGAGGA